AUGCAGUCCGACGACGAAGCCCGCCAACCUGGGCUACCGUAUCGAAUCCGAGCUAACGAUGCCACUCGCAAACAGAGCUACAACGUUCCUUCACCCAACGACAUGGUCGUCGACACAGACGACUAUGUCGGCGUCCCCAACGCUCCCGAGAAAGAAUCUGUGGCCAUCAUCAGCCCCGAAGGCGCCGUCGAACAUGAGGCCGAUCAGCUACAAGAUCUGCCUCUAGCUAACGACUAUGAGGCCAUGAAAGAGAUUGUUCUCCCGCCCCUGCUCGACGAGCCCAAGAUCCUCCAAGACUUUGUACACACAUGGACGGUCGAGAACUGGCGAAGCCUUGGCAAGCGAGAACACGGCCCCGUAUUUGAAGCAGGCGGCUUUCCAUGGCGCAUUCUGCUCUUUCCCCAUGGUAACAACACUGAUCAAUGCUCCAUCUACCUGGAGCACGGGUUCGAGCCCGAUGCCAUUCCCGAGAAUUGGAGCUGUUGCGUGCAAUUUGGCUUGGUCCUUUGGAACCCUAAUGAUCCCAGCCUAUAUGUCAAUCAUGCCGCGCAUCAUCGCUUCACUAAGGAGGAAGGCGAUUGGGGCUUCACCCGCUUCGUUGAGAUUCGGAGAAUGUUCAACGUGCCUUGGGAAGGUGACAGUCGGCCGCUGGUAGAGAACGACACUGCUAACAUAACAGCCUACGUCCGUUUUGUCGAGGACGAGACUGGCGUGCUUUGGCACAACUUUACCAACUACGACUCCAAGAAAGAAACGGGCUAUGUUGGUCUCAAGAAUCAAGGUGCCACCUGCUACCUCAACUCUCUUCUCCAGUCGCUAUACUUCACAAACGCUUUCAGAAAAGCCAUCUACGAAAUUCCAACCGAAAAUGAUGAAAGCAUGCAGAAUUCUGCUUACACUCUGCAGCGCCUUUUUUAUCAAUUGCAGACAUCCGAGCAGGCGGUUGGCACGAAUGAAUUAACAAAGUCCUUCGGCUGGGAAACGAGACACAUCUUCGAGCAGCAAGACGUGCAGGAGUUGUCGCGAAAACUCAUGGAACGCAUGGAGGAGAAGAUGAAGGGCACCAAGGCCGAAAACGUACUGCCUGAGCUUUUCAGUGGUAAGAUUAAGACGUACAUUUCAUGCAUAAAUGUCGACUACGAAUCAAAGCGCAUUGAGGAUUUUUGGGAUAUCCAGCUCAACGUCAGCGGAAACAAGAACCUUUUGGAAAGUUUUCAAGACUAUAUCCAGGUCGAGAAGAUGGACGGAGAAAACCAAUAUUUUGCUGGCGAUCAGCACAAGUUGCAGGAUGCCAACAAGGGCGUCAUAUUCACCAGUUUCCCAGACGUUCUGCACCUCCAGCUCAAGCGAUUCGAGUAUGACAUUCAAAGAGACAUGAUGAUGAAGAUUAACGACCGCUACGAAUUCCCUGACACUUUUGACGCUUCCCCUUAUCUCAUGGACGAGGCCGACCGAUCCGAGCCCUGGAUUUACCAACUACAUGGUGUCCUUGUACACAGCGGCGACUUGAACGCCGGUCACUAUUAUGCGUUUAUCAAGCCAUCAAAAGACGGCUGGUUCUACAAGUACGAUGAUGACAAAGUCACCAAGGCCACUUCCAGAGAGGUCUUGGAAGAGAAUUUUGGUGGAGAAUAUCGAACUCCUCACGGCUACCCCAGAGCGCCUCUUCAAAAGAAGGCCCCGAUCAUGCGCCAGAACAGUGCUUACAUGUUGGUAUAUAUCCGCCAAUCUCGGCUUGACAAAGUCCUCUGUCCCGUCACCAAGGAGGACACUCCAAAACUUCUCCGGGAGCGCUUUGAAGAGGAAAAUGCCUUGAGGGAGGCCCGUCGACGUGAACAAAAGGAGGCGCAUCUGUAUAUGAUGGCCAAGGUGAUCACAAACGACACGUUUGCAAACUAUGGAGGCACCGAUCUUUGUGUCUUUGAUGCUAAUCCUGAGCUCGAUCCUGCUGCACCUAAACUGUACCGCAUUCGUCGAGCUAUGCCGAUGCAAGAGUUUGUCGCUCAGGUCGCCUCUGACAUGGGUCAGGAUCCAUCUCGCGUCAGGCUGUGGCUGAUGGUUAAUCGUCAAAACAAAACAAUUCGGCCAGAUCAACCAAUCAUGGACCUGCGGCCAACCGUUGAAGAGAUAUUCUCCCGCUCAGCUGCACACCGAGACACGAGUUUGCGAGUUUGGGCCGAGGUCGCCAGCGAGCCAAAUGGCGCUCAAGUAAAGAGCGAUACCAUCCUAUUGCUGUUGAAGCACUUCGAUGUGGAGAAGCAGACUCUAGAAGGCGUGGGCCAUCUGUACAUUAGCAAGGAGAAGAAGGUCGACGAGCUUGUUCCCAUGAUUCUUCAGAAGAUGGGUUGGGGCGACAAGCUUUCUUCUGACGAGAAGCUGUUGAUGUGGGAGGAAAUCAAACCGACAAUGAUUGAACCUCUAAAGGGAAAGCAGACUCUCAAGGCUGCUGAACUUCAAGAUGGUGAUAUUAUUUGCUUCCAACGUAUUUCCGACAAGAAGACUGAGAAUGGCCGUGUGGCGGACAAGGCAUCUCAGGAAGCUAACAAGUCAUUCGAUCGUGUCGAGGAUGCUCGUGAAUAUUACGACUUCCUCGAACACAAGCGAACUGUAAAAUUCCACGCUCAUCCUACUAGAUCUGACCCAGCACAGUAUCCACCAUUCGAGCUUGUUCUCAACUCAAAGAUCACCUACGAUGUUUUAGCUGAACGCGUCGGCGCUCACCUUCAAGCCCCUUCAACACAUAUCCGGUUGUGGACGGUCAACGCAAGCACCAAUAACCCCAAGACUCCAGUAAGACGAGGCACAAAUCCGACUUUAAAGCAGAUUUUGCAACCUAUGGGGUCAAACACUUUGAACUCGACCCACAGAAAUGAUGCCUUUUACUUUGAGGUGCUGGAGAUGAGUUUGGCUGAGCUCGAUACCAAGAAGAACAUCAAAGUCACAUGGCUGAGCGAAGGCAUCACCAAGGAGGACCAACUUGACCUGCUGGUAUCAAAAACGGGAACUAUGGAAGACUUGAUACAAGCGCUAGUCAAGAAGGCCAAGAUUCCCGACGAGGCAGAAGGCGGGAGGAUAAGGGUUUACGAAACAAGUUCUAACAGAUUUUACCGUGAGCCAGCUCGCGACCAAUCUGUGUUGAACCUUAAUGAGUACACACAGAUCUUUGCCGAGCGAAUCCCGGAGGAAGAACUGGCUGCUGAUGACAACAACUUCAUUCACGUGUUCCACUUCCAAAACGAAGUCAACAGAGUUCACGGUGUUCCCUUCAAGUUCCUUCUCCUGGAGGGCGAGAAGUUUGUCGACACCAAGAAGAGACUUGAGAAGCGGACAGGCAUCAAGGGCAAGAGCUUUGAGAAGAUCAAGUUUGCUAUUGCAAGGAGGGCAAACUAUUCAAAACCACAAUAUCUUAAUGAUGACGACGAAUUAUGGAACAUAGCCUCAUCUGAAGAUGACUAUCUAGGUUUCGACCAUCCGGAUAGAUCAAGAUCCUUGAGAAACGGCGUUGGGGACCUUUUCCUUCGUUAG